GGAUCUGAUCUGAUCUCUUAAGAAAUUAUCUCUGUGUUUUUUAUAAUUAAUUAUUGUGUAUUUUCCUUUCCCCAAUUUUAAUAACAACUUUAGUCUAGCUGUACUGCAUAGUGCAUACAGAAGCAGCAGAGCAGAGCAGAGACAGAGGCAUUUAUUUAUAUGGUGUGGAAGGUUGCUGCUGCCGGGACUCUUUGGCCGCUCCUUUCCCUCCUCCUCCCAUGGCUUCUUCUUUGUCUACCUCUGGCUCCCACCACCGCAUAAACUCCAUUUGCUCAUUUCUUGUUCCUCUGCGCUUCCUGUUCCUUAUUGCCUCCCUCCACGACUCUUUGCUGCUAGUCGACGCCACCGCCUCCUCCCUGAAGCUCACAUUCACCGCCCCGGCCAAGUACUGGACCGACGCCAUUCCCAUUGGCAACGGCCGCCUCGGCGCCAUUGUCUGGGGCGGCGUAGCUAACGAGACUCUUCAGCUUAACGAUGAUACGUUGUGGACCGGCGUUCCUGGAAGCUACUCCGAUCCCAAUGCGCCGGCGGCUCUAUCGGUGGUCAGAAAGCUCGUUAGUGCCGGACUCUACCCGGAAGCAUCCGCGGAGGCGAUUAAAUUGUCAGCAACUCCCUCUCAGGUUUACCAGCUGCUCGGGGACAUAGUGCUUGAAUUUGACGCCUCGCAUCAGAAAUACGAUCCAACCACAUACCUCAGAGAACUGGAUUUGGACACUGCAACCGCUACAGUGAAAUAUUCCGUUGCGGGUGUGGACUACACAAGGGAGCAUUUCGCUACAAACCCUCACCAAGCAAUAGUGACCAGAAUUUCUGGGAGCAAACCAGGGUCUUUGUCAUUCACUCUUCAUCUGCACAGCAAGCUGAAUCACACCACUAGGCUCCUCCCAGCUCAAAACCAAAUCCUACUGGAAGGAAGCUGCAGGGGACACCCCAACGGAAUUCGCUUCGCAGCCAUGCUGGACUUGAGGAUCCGAGGAGGGGAAAAAGCAUCCGUCAGCGUCUUAGAUGGUGGGAACAAGCUCAAGGUUGAUCUCGCGGAUUCGGCAGUGCUCAUUCUGGUGGCUUCAUCUUCAUUCGAUGGGCCUUUUACUAGCCCUGUCGAUUCCAACAAGGACCCAAAUUCAGACUGCCACAAGGCGUUGAGCUCACUUGCCAAUGUGGCGUACGCGGAUCUAAGAGCCAGGCAUUUGGAGGAUUAUCAGCGCCUUUUCCGCCGCGUUUCGUUGCAGUUGUCUCCUGGGCCUGGCUCCAGCUCCAACUCAGGGGGCCAUGUUGUGGCAACUGCAGAGAGGGUCAAGUCCUUUAAGACAGACGAGGAUCCGUCGCUGGUGGUUCUCAUGUUCCAGUACGGUCGUUACUUGCUCAUAUCUUGUUCCAGGCCUGGCACCCAGGUGGCAAAUUUGCAGGGGAUAUGGAACAAGGAUGUCAACCCGCCAUGGGAUGGGGCUCAACAUUUGAACAUCAAUCUGCAAAUGAACUACUGGCCAGCGCUGCCCUGCAAUCUCAAGGAAUGCCAAGAGCCAUUGUUCGACUACAUGUCCUCCCUUGCAGUCAACGGGAAGAAGACCGCUAAAGUGAACUACGGAGUUAACAAUGGCUGGGUUGCUCAUCAGGUCAGUGACAUAUGGGCUAAAACGUCUCCAGAUCAGGGAGAUGCCGUAUGGGCUAUGUGGCCGAUGGGUGGUGCUUGGCUUUGUACUCACGUGUGGGAGCAUUAUAGCUAUACAAUGGACAAAGACUUCCUCGAGAAGAAGGGCUACCCUUUGUUGGAAGGAUGUGCAGAGUUUCUGCUAGGCUGGUUAGUGGUGGGGCAGGGAGGUCAUUUGGAAACCAACCCAUCAACUUCUCCUGAGCACAAAUUCAUUGCUCCAGAUGGCAAGCAAGCUAGUGUGAGCAACUCAACAACUAUGGACAUGUCAAUCAUAACACAAGUCUUCUCAGAUAUUCUUGCCGCUGCUGAGACUCUAGGGAGGCAGGAUGACGAACUCGUUCACAAAGUUCGUCUAGCUAGAGCCCGCCUGCCACCCACUAAAAUUGCCAAGGAUGGCACCGUCAUGGAAUGGGUAGGCGCGUAAAACCACAAUCAAUCUUCUCCUACCUAUGUAUAAACCGUAAUGUUUGGUUCUGUUUCCUUGAGAGAGCUGCAGGCUUUUGAGUUUGAAGACCCAGAGCCUCAGCACAGGCACGUUUCUCAUCUCUUUGGGCUGUUCCCUGGCCACGCCAUUACUCCUCAACACACUCCUGACCUUUGCAGUGCUUCUGAAAAGACUCUUGUCAAGAGAGGUGUCGAGGGUCCAGGAUGGUCGACUGUGUGGAAAACUGCACUGUGGGCAAGGCUACUAAAGAGCAACAAGGCAUACGAAAUGGUGAAGCAUUUAUUCAACUUGGUGGAUCCAGCCCAUGAAGGAGACUACGAAGGAGGAGUUUUUAGCAACUUGUUUACAGCUCACCCACCAUUCCAGAUUGAUGCCAACUUGGGCUUCUCGGCAGCUAUAGCAGAGAUGCUAGUACAAGGCACAGGGACUGAUCUGUACUUGCUCCCUGCUCUUCCACGCGACAAGUGGCCCGAUGGGUGUGCCAAGGGGUUAAGGGUGAAAGGAGGUGUGACCCUCAACCUGUGCUGGAAGCAAGGCCAGCUCCAUGAAGUUGGUCUUUGGUCAACGGAAGGCGAUUCUGUGCAACAAUUGCACUAUGGAGAAAAUAUGGUGAAGGCGAGUGUUGUGUCGUGUAAUGUGUACACGUUCAACAGGAAUUUGGUGUGUGUAAGUACUGAAUCCCUUUCGGAAGAAGGUAGUUCUUGUUGAAAAGAUUGAUAAUGGAGACAAUAUAUGUAGAGAUAUUUUAUACAUCUCCACCGAGAAAAAUGGAGCAUUCCUUUCAAUUGUUAACUAGUUCGGAAAGCCCGCCCUGCGCGGCGGGUUGCAAAAUGAACAUCUUACGAUCUAAAUAAAUAACCAAUAACAAUUUGGAGAGAAUUCAG